CAUUCGUUUUAAUACUCAGAUGUGACAGCAACACAUCUUUAUUAUUUCUUUGAGAAUGCUAUAUCUUAAAAUUUAAUAAGCAAGCUGACUUUCACGAAUGGUUGUAUCAGCGGUUAAUGCCGAUAGCUUUGAGACACGACGCGAGAAAGCUUUGAUCAACGGCGAGAUGAUGAAGACACUGACCUCGAGUCAGGCAUGCCACCUCUCUGUGGAGGAGACUGCACGCAUCCUGGACGUGAAUCUUUCCCGGGGACUUGACAGGGCUGAGGUGACACGCAGACGCUCUGUACAUGGCUACAAUGACUUCGAAAUCAACGAAGAAACACCUUUGUGGAAAAAAUAUCUAGAGCAGUUUAACAACCCACUGAUUCUGUUGUUGCUGGGAUCUGCUGUUGUGAGCGUCUUCAUGAGGCAGUUUGAUGAUGCCAUCAGCAUCACAGUGGCUAUAAUAAUUGUGUCAACAGUUGCAUUUGUCCAGGAAUAUAGGUCAGAAAAGUCUCUCGAAGCUUUGUCAAAACUUGUACCCCCAAAAUGCCACUGUCUGAGAGAGGGUAACCAUGAGACGUUCCUAGCCAGGGAGCUGGUUCCCGGGGAUGUGGUGGAGCUGAUGGUGGGAGACCGGGUACCAGCUGAUCUACGCCUAAUUGAAGCCAAAGACCUAGCAGUGGACGAGUCUUCGUUCACAGGGGAGACAAAUCCUACCAAUAAAAUGUCCGCAAGCAUCCCAUCAGGCAAUGGCACCAAUAACGGCAUCACGCACCGCAGCAAUAUCGCCUUCAUGGGCACCCUCGUGAGAUGUGGGAGGGGCCUGGGCAUUGUUAUAGGCACUGGACAUAAUUCUGAGUUUGGAGAGAUAUUCAAGAUGAUGCAGAGUGAAGAGGCUCCUAAGACCCCAAUGCAGCGCAGCAUGGAUCUGCUGGGCAAGCAGCUGUCCUUCUACUCGUUCUGUAUCAUCGGGGGCAUCAUGUUCCUCGGCUGGUUCCAGGGCAGAAACAUCCUCGACAUGUUCACCAUCGGAGUCAGUUUGGCAGUGGCAGCCAUACCGGAGGGUCUCCCCAUUGUUGUCACAGUUACCUUGGCCCUUGGUGUCAUGAGGAUGGCCAAGAUGAAAGCCAUCGUGAAGAAGUUGCCUAUUGUCGAGACACUUGGGUGUGCCAAUGUGAUAUGCUCCGACAAGACAGGCACACUGACCAAGAAUGAGAUGACUGUCACCCAGAUACAUUCAUCUGAUGGAAGCUAUGCAGAGGUGACUGGUGUGGGCUACAACGGUAUCGGAGAGGUGACAUGCAACCAUCAGGUGGUUGACAGUACAUCCCACCCGGGCAUUAGCAAGGUGAUAGAGGUGGGCUGUAUCUGCAGUGACGCUGAGAUAUGUCAGGACCUGCUCCAUGGGCAGCCCACAGAGGGCGCUCUGCUGGCGUGUGCAUUGAAGAUGAAUCUGCACAACCUGCGUCACCUGUACAUCCGAGUAGAUGAGACCCCUUUCUCCUCAGAAAACAAGUACAUGGCUGUACAGUGUACACCCAGAUAUGGACAGAGCAAGGAGCUGAUCUUCUUUGUGAAGGGAGCCCUGGAGCGUGUGCUGGAGCGAUGUACUCGCUUCCUCACCAACGGAGACACUCUGCCCCUGGAGGAUAGGCAGAGGGACCUCUACCUGAAGGAGGCCUACAGGAUGGGUACACAGGGGCUCAGAGUGUUGGCCAUGGCGUACGGUCCCAACAUGAAAAGCUUGGUGUAUGUUGGAAUGGUGGGCAUCAUAGACCCACCCAGGCCCGGGGUUAGAGAGGCAAUAGAGCUGUUGACUCAAGGGGGUGUGGCCGUGAAAAUGCUCACUGGAGAUUCACAAGAAACUGCUAAGGCUAUUGCUGGUAGACUAGGCAUGCUGACUGCAAGUGGUACCAGUCUGUCUGGAGAGGAAGUGGAGAACAUGGAUCUUACCAUCCUGCGGAGCAUUAUCAAUAAUGUCAUCAUCUUCUACAGGGUGACACCGCGAAACAAAGUCAAGAUUGUCAAGGCUUUACAAGCCAAUGGUCAGGUGGUGGGUAUGACAGGGGACGGUGUGAACGACGCAGUGGCCCUCAAGGCUGCAGACAUAGGCAUCUCCAUGGGCAAGUCUGGGACUGAUGUGUCAAAGGAGGCUGCUGAUAUGAUCCUUGUUGAUGAUGACUUCUCAGUCAUAUUGCAUGCAAUAGAAGAAGGAAAGGGGAUAUUCUACAACAUCAGGAAUUUUGUUCGUUUCCAACUUAGCACGAGUAUAGCGGCCCUGUCCCUGAUCACGCUUUCCACACUGUUCAAGCUGCCCAACCCCCUGAACGCCAUGCAGAUCCUCUGGAUUAACAUCAUCAUGGACGGGCCACCAGCUCAGAGCUUGGGUGUGGAGCCAGUGGACCCAGACGUUAUACGACAGCCGCCUCGGAAAGUGAAGGACCCGAUCAUAACGCGCUAUUUCAUCGUGAAUAUCGUGGUGUCGGCCGCCAUAAUUGUCUGUGGUACACUGUGGGUUUUCUGGAGAGAGAUGAGUGACAACAAGAUAACGCCAAGGGACACCACCAUGACCUUCACCUGCUUCGUAUUCUUUGACAUGUUCAACGCACUCAGUUGCAGAUCUCAGGACAAGUCGGUGCUGCAGAUAGGUCUAUUUUCCAACCGCAUGUUCCUGGUUGCUGUAGGGGGUUCAAUAAUUGGCCAAUUGUUAGUCGUCUACUUUCCACCACUUCAGAAAAUAUUCCAGACUGAAGCCCUGUACUUCUCAGAUUUUCUAUUUUUGGUUGCAUUGACUUCAUCGGUAUUGGUGGUCUCAGAAAUCAGAAAAUUUAUACAAAAUGUUCUUGAUCGGCGUCGGAGGAAUCGGGACAGCGAGCAGGAAUCGUACUUUUUUGUUUGAGACCCAUCCCUUUGUAUUUGAUGGUGGUCCAAGUCUAGAUUUGUCAAGACUAUUGGUCGGCAUUUUAAAGUACUAAAUGGAAUACAGCAUUUUAUGUGGUGUCUUUUUGGUAUUUUCCAUUGAUGCAAAAUAAAUUACUUUGUAUUAGAAAAUUGCAAUUUUUAAUUGAUGUAAUAAAAUACCAUUUCAGCAUGUGAUAAACCUGACGCAAAAAAUUAUUGUUUGUAUGUGUAAGUUAUUUGAUAUGAACAUAAAUGUAUAUAAAGCAUUUAGCACUGAAGCACUCAUAUUAUAAAUAAUCACAAUCCAAAGCACAUGCUUUUUAUUACAGUUCAAACUUUGAUGCACUUAAAGAUAGAAUAUGUGAGCCAGGGAAAACUGGGCUUAAUGCAUUUGCUCAAAGUUUUGUACCCAUUUUCAUGCACAGUCUGCACAGGCUAUGUGCGACACUUUCAGCCUAGACUGGAUUUUUAGCGAGGCUGUUUUCGGAGAAAACCUGAGGUAUUGUCAUAGUCAGCUUGUCCGCCGUCCGCGUCGGGCUAAAACCUUAACAUUGGCUCUAAAUCAAAGUGCUUCCACCUACAACUUGGAAACUUCUUAUGUAUCUGUACUUUGAUGAGUUCUAUACGCCACAUCCAUUUUUGGGUCACUAGGUCAAAGGUCAAGGUCACUGUGACCUCUAAUAUAUAAAAAAAAUAAAAAUAAAAAUUCAUCUGAUAAGCUUUCAUUUAUUCAAAACUGCACCCGCAGCCGAGUGUUGGCACCCGCUAUGCGAUGCUCUUGUUAUUUAGAAGGGACUUUGUUUAAAAGAACAAAUCCAUAAAAGUGGAAACUGUUGUUCAAGAUAAGGCUGUUCAGACUUAACAGGGUUAUCUGAAACAAUAUCUUACGCACAUGCAUUGAGCCUAUUUUUCUCAAAAUGCAGUUCCUACAUGCAUGUUUAGUGAAACUUUUUUUAACUUCUAGUCUCUCUAUGACAACAAAUUGUUGGAUAAAUCUAAGGCCAGUAAUGAUUAAGGGGUUGAUAUUAAGAAAGGAAAAGUAUUCAAUUAAAUGCUGAACCAUAACAAUGAAGUGGUAUGAAUCAGCCGUAUAUGCUUUUUGAGUAAAAGAAAAAAUCGCCUUGAAUCAGUUGGAAUUUCUUUUCAUAAAAAAUGUGUAUUACUACUAUCAGAGAGAUGUAUGUGUAUUUUCUUUUUGGGCAACUAUCCACAAUAAGUGCUGAUAAGAUGAUUGAUGUCAUAAUUAUAAGUAAGUGCAUGUAUUGUUUGCUAUGUGUACUAAUCAAAUACUCAAUACUUAAAGUUGACGUAUGUUAAGUACCCAUUCCUGUGGUCAAUUUAACCUGUUAAUUUGCAAAGACUUUGAGAUUUGAGUUUUUAAGUUAUAGAUGCUCAAGAUUACAAGUUGUAUUUAGUUAUCUAUUCCUAACACCUUAAAGCUUUCUCAACAUGUAAAUGGCUAUAUACCUUGUUUAAAUUGCUCAUAUAUUGGUAGUUAAACUAAUCUUUCUCUUUAUACUAUGUAAUUACCCUGUCUUUGAGUCUAGGAAUGAUAAAUGCAAGAUUGAGUGUCCUAAGUAUGUGACAUUGUCAUACAUGUAGUUGCCAAUAUUUGUGUGUCAUUUUAGAGAUUAUUUAUUUGGAUAUAAAAAUUGUUAUUUCAAAAUAUAAAAAAAAGAAAAGAAAAAAUAGUUAAGAUAGAUAUAUACACUUAUUAAUGCAUAGAUCACUGAUUUUAACAUACCAUACUCAGCAAAGUUGUACCUAUUUAUUGCACCAAAGCAGGUUUUUGUAAAACUGUUUCAAAUACAAAGUUGUUGUAUAUUUUAUGUUGUUUUUAUAUGGGUUUAAAAAAUGUAUUUUAUUACUGGUAAAUACAUCAACAUUUGGUAUUAUUUAUGAUUCAUUUUGUGGAUGUAUUUUGUAUAUUGUUUACUGCAUGUGAAUGAAUGGGGAACACUUGUACUGCAUGCAAAUAGUUUACUUUAAGUAAGUUUGCAUCAGGUUUUAAUUCUUUUAAAGUAGUUUGAUCUGUAUGGUCAUGUAUAAAUUAGCAUAAUAAUUUUAAAUGAGUUAUGGAUAGUUGUGUACUGUUUUAUGCCCUAGGUAGGGUGGCAUAUAGCAUUUUAACUGUCUGUCCGUCAGUCCGUCUGAAAACUUUAACAUUGGCCAUAACUUUUGCAAUAUUGAAGAUAGCAACUUUAUAUUUGUCGUAUCUCAUGGAGCUGCACAUUUUGAGUGGUGAAAGGUCAAGGUCAUCCUUCAAGAUCAAAGGUAAAAAAAAACAAAUCCAAGGGAAGUAACAAGCUUUAAAGGGAGAUAAUAUAUAUAUUUAUCAUUUGGCAGGUAUAGAUCAUUUUCACAAGGGAAAUUAUGUAAAAAAUGUUACUUCCCUUGUGAAAAUGAUCUGUACCUGCCAAAUGAUAUAAUCCAAUCGGAUAUUAUUUAAAAAAAAAAUCAUUAAAGCGGCGCAGUAGGGGGCAUUGUGUUUCUGACAAACACAUCUGUUGAUCUAGCGACAGCAAUUUUAUUCACUAGAUUAGAUAUCCUUAGUAACAAAAUAGUGUAAAACCCCAACAAUAAGGUUUAUUGGCACUAUAUGUAUGUGAUCUGUUUAGUUUGAUGGCCUGUUUGGUUUCUUGUUACAGUAAAUUAAUCAAGGAAGGCUUAACAAUGUCAAAUAACAUUUCUACAUGUGUCCUAAAGUAAUGGCUCAACAAAUAUAAACAUUCGUGAGUUCAGUCCUAGAUUAAAUCUCAAAUAUUCAACCAAUUGAAAUAAAUGCUCAGCAGUAACAAGCAUCCUGAUUGGUGAAUAUUUUGAGUGGAGACUUGGUUUGAAACUAGGAGAGUUUCUAUUUGUGGGCUUUGGUCUUUAAUUUAACUUCCAAGUGGUACGACCUAUUGAACUUUUGUUUUCAAAAUGCCCUUUUUUUCCCCUACCGGUGAAACUAGAGGGGACUUAUGGUUUUCACUCUGUCUGUCAGUCAGUCAGUCUGUCUGUCACACUUUUCUGGAUCCUGCGAUAACUUUAUAAGUUCUUCAUAUUUUUUCAUGAAACUUGAAAUAUGGAUAGAUGGCAAUAUGAAGAUUAUGCACAUUAUUUCAUUUUGAUCCUACGUCAAGAAUUCUUGUUGCUAUGGCAAUUUUUAUGCCCCCCUUCGAAGAAGAGGGGGUAUAUUGCUUUGCUCAUGUCGGUCGGUCGGUCGCUAUGUCGGUCUGUCGGUCCGUCCACCAGGUGGUUGUCAGAUGAUAACUCAAGAACGCUUGGGCCUAUGAUCAUGAAACUUCAUAGGUACAUUGAUCAUGACUCGCAGAUGACCCCUAUUGAUUUUGAGGUCACUAGGUCAAAGGUCAAGGUCACAGGUGAAGGUCACAGUUACUGGAAAUAGGCAUUUUAAGGAUUGAGCAUGGUUCAAACAAGGGAAACAACUACCGUUUAUGCAUGUUCUUUUUGUUACAGCAUUUGCCUCCCUUGUAAUAUAUUUAAAUUUUACCAAAUGUAAGGCUAACUGCAUUUUUGUAAUGCAUUGUAUCAAUAACCACCACCACCACCACCACCACCACCACCACCACCCUUCCAAGAAGAGGGGGUAUAUUGCUUUGCUCAUGUCGGUCGGUCGGUCUGUCGGUCCGUCCACCAGGUGGUUGUCAGAUGAUAACUCAAGAACGCUUGGGCCUAGGAUCAUGAAACUUCAUAGGUACAUUGAUCAUAACUCGCAGAUGACCCCUAUUGAUUUUGAGGUCACUAGGUCAAAGGUCAAGGUCACAGGUGAAGGUCACAGUUACUGGAAAUAGGCAUUUUAAGGAUUGAGCAUGGUUCAAACAAGGGAAACAACUACCGUUUAUGCAUGUUCUUUUUGUUACAGCAUUUGCCUCCCUUGUAAUAUAUUUAAAUUUUACCAAAUGUAAGGCUAACUGCAUUUUUGUAAUGCAUAGUAUCAAUAACCACCACCACCACCACCACUGUUGUUCACAGUGACAAAAAACGUAUUCACACAAUGGCUGCUACUACAACUUAUAGCCCAUAUAGGGGGGCAUGCAUGUUUUACAAACAGCCCUUGGUUUUUUUUUAUUUAAAUCUGACAAUGGUGGAGUUUCACCGGUAGGCGAAAAUAUUGCCUGGCAAUCUCUUGUUUAGAUGAUAACUCAUGAAGAGCUUAACAUAUUUUUUUAAGUAUGGGCGUACUUAGCAAAUAAUAUUCUAGUGAUUGUUGGUUAUUGUGGUAAUCAAUGGUUCAAGUUCUGAUUUGUUGGAAUAGUAUCAUUAAGGCAAUAGCCUUAAUGCUUUGAUAACUAGCAUCAUAGAGACAAACCGUUAGUUAAUACCACAAUAACCAACACCUGGUCAGAUUAUGAUUCUUUCAAAAUUUUAUAUGUUUCUUCCAUAUCUAAUUAGUUAUUAUAGAUAUUUUACCCUAUAAUCUGUCCCUUUUCCAAACAUAAAUUAAUUUGUUUGAUACGAUGUCAUCCGCCAAAGCAAUUAAACAAUCAUUCUGUCAUCAUAUUUAUAAUUAUAAUGAUAAACAAUUAACAACUAGAAGCCAUAUUAAAUAUACAUCAAUAUGUUAAUGAAAUUGAUUAUAUUUAUGGUAUAACUUAUGUGUUGCUGAAAUUAUGUGUUUGUCAUGUUUGCUUGAUUGAGCAUUUAAGGACAUGCUGUUUACCAAUCAAUUGCUUAGAAUUUUUUUAACUAUUUUUACCACAAUAGACUCUGCCCAUGAUUUAUUGCCGUAUAUACAACGCUUUUUCCUUCUUUGUCUAUAGAAAGAUGAACAAUUUGUAAUAAAAAUAAAGGUCAUGGCUGUCUCCAAACCAUGACAUUUUUCUAGAUUUACUCCCCCUUUUCGACCAAUCCAUAUAAUCACAGUUGUUUGACCCUGUAUUCUUAAAGGCUCGGCAUAUUUAAAUUCUGUUAGGUACAGAUAUUUAAAAGAAUAAAAUGGACAAAGAGCAUGCAGUUUAAGACCUUUUCUUUCAAAUGGAUGGCAUAUUUUUGUUCUUAACCUGUUGCAAUAUAAGUCUCUUUAGUAGUUUCAGACAAUUGGUAAGGACAGUUUAUAAAAGCACUGUUUUACCAAUUAUACUAUGUAUAUAUUUUGUUCAUCUGUACUGGAAUUUCUUUGAUAUGAAAUCCUUAUAUUUUAAAACAACUCAAUUUUAUUUAUUUUGUCUCUUGAGGGUAUUUUUUAUCUUAUGUAUUGUUUUGCCUAAUUGUAUAUCAUUCCAGGUAAGUUUUGGAUACAAAUUUCAAUUUAUUGUGUUUUAUUUUGUAGUUUUUAAAAAAAACAUCAAGAUAAAAAAUAUAAUAAUAUGGGAUAUCAUGUGUUUAUGCAAUUUUUAUGCUCCCCCAAAAAAAUUUGGGGGGAGCAUAAAGUCGCCGCUUCGUCUGUCCGUCAGUUCGUGCACAAUUUUUGUCCGGGCUAUUUCUCAGCAAUAAAAGACUGGAAUUCAAUUAAACUUUAUGGGAAGCUUAACUACCAAGAGGAGAUGUGCUGGUACUGGUCGGAUGAUUUUUUCACAGAGUUAUGGCCCUUUAAAAUUUUCCAUUAACUGUACAUAUAGUGCAAUUCUUGUCCGGGCUAUUUCUCAGCAACUAUUGACCGGAAUUCAAUGAAACUUUAUGGGAAGCUUCACUACCAAGAGGACAUGUGCAUAUUAUCAGCGGCUUCUAGUCAGAUGAUUUUUCACAGAGUUAUGGCCCUUUGAAAUUUUUAAGUUGCUAAACCAUCCAUCGUAUUAUUUUGUCCAAAGUUAUGCCCCUCAAGACGUUUCCUUUUAUCUGAAUAUAUAGUGCAAUGUUGUGACAAAAAAAACUUUGGGGAUUAUCACCCGUCUCCGAAGGUUUCUUGUUAUUUGUGUAGUACAUAAUUAUGUGUGAAUCUAUCUCAAGUGCAUACAACAACUAUGUCAUCUUGUGUUUAUCUGGACAAUGUCAAGGGCAUGCCUGAAUAUGGGUUAAGUGUGGUAAAAAAACAAGUCUAAGACAAUGGAGGUACCCUGAUUUCAGGUAAAGUCUUAGACAAUAGAGGUACCCUGAUUUCAGGUAAAGUCUUAGACAAUGGUGGUACCCUGAUUUCAGGUAAAGUCUUAAACAAUAGAGGUACCCUGAUUUCAGGUAAAGUCUUAGACAAUGGAGGUACCCUGAUUUCAGGUAAAGUCUUAGACAAUGGAGGUACCCUGAUUUCAGGUAAAGUCUUAGACAAUGGAGGUACCCUGAUUUCAGGUAAAGUCUUAGACAAUGGAGGUACCCUGAUUUCAGGUAAAGUCUUAGACAAUGGAGGUACCCUGAUUUCAGGUAAAGUCUUAGACAAUAGAGGUACCCUGAUUUCAGGUAAAGUCUUAGACAAUAGAGGAUUUCAGGUUUGCGCUUGUGAAUUCUAUUAGAAAGCAUCAUUCAAAAUAUAAUAAUUAUUUAACAGAUGUACACUCCGAUAAUGCAAUCAAAGCAUGUUUUAAAUAUUCCCAAAUGUUAUACCACAGAGCAGAUAUUGUGCUACAAAACUCACCCUGGUAUGUUUUCUGUUUACUUUUAUGUAUUGUUGGUAUUACAAUUUUAUCGUUUUCUACGGCAGAUUUUCGUUACAGGUUUGCAUGAUUUUGAAAGAUUAUGAUUAUUCAUGUGUCCAAUGAAAUCGAAUUUGUUACAAUUUGUGUAAAGCUUAGUAUCAAAUAACAUGUUUGUGUUAAUCAAUGAAUACAGAUUUACAUUUCGCAAAUGCUCUGUGAUACAAAAUAAAACUUUUAAAUGUUAAAGUGUA